AUGAUGAAACGAAAGGCUGAGAAACAGCAGGGCGCCGGCCCUGUCAGUGCCUUCGCGGCUCGCAAAGCUCGACAGCAACAAGCACAGAGUGUGACGGCAUCAAGAAUUCAAGUGGUGAUUGAGUCGGCUACAGAACCACCUUCAAAACGACCGCGACGAUCUCUCGAAGGCAAUCAAUGGACUGAGGUGGACGACACAACGUUCAAUGUUCGCCAGACAAGGUCAUCCAAGAAUCAAGAGGUGCCAGUCGCUCUAGACACAACCACAGGGCGACCAAAGAGGGCAGGGCGGCCAAAGAAGGUCACUACGGCCAACCCGUCAGAAACCCAGUCUCAAUCUCCGGAAGCGCAGGAAGACUUGGAGAUUGCGGAUUCGGCCGCGGAUUCGGCCGAGGAUCUCAGCGAUGGCCCCGAGGAGAUACCUGAAACUGAGGUCGCAUCGGUAGCUGGUGACUCUGACGGCUAUGAAUCUGCCGCCGAAACACCAAUCGAAAUGCAAAAUUUCCCAUUAUCUAAAGCAAGACUCAACAAAAACAACAUAGUCUAUGCGGACGAGAGUUCGCUGUGUAUUCGCAUCCAAGAGAGGACGAACUUGGCUCUGAUCGGCCAGUAUGAUAUUUGGGUCAAACGAGGAGUUAUCAGUCUGAUGGGUGCAAAGCUACAGCCCUCUCCGCGAGUUUAUAGGGUCUAUGCUCCCUCAACUCAUUCAUUGCCCAUCAUCAAGUGUGUUUCUGGUGUCGAGGGCGAGGCAGAGGUAGAGAUAAAAUCUUGCAAUAGUGGUUUAUCUCGUCUCCGAGAUAUGUCUCCUUUGUAUCAGAAGGUCUGGAAUGGACAAAAUACCGCUGCAGAUAAAGCUACUCUGAAAGGCACUUCCAAAAACUCGCAGCGGUCUUUUUCAGUGCUUUAUACAUCCGCGGAAGAUCCGUUGAAGCGACACUUGCGGCCUCUUCAUCUUGACAAAAAAUGGAGUGCGUCUAUGAAAGCACUGUCCCAGCGACAAGGACGCCUUCGAGUCUUGGUUUGCGGUCCAAAGGCAUCUGGAAAGUCUACUUUUAGCCGAUACCUGCUGAACCAUGUUCUCAGCCCUGCUCCUGAAACGGAGAAUGGGUUCGUCAACACGGAUGGUGUUGCUUUCCUCGACCUUGAUCCAGGACAGCCAGAGUUUGCGCCUAUGGGCCAAGUAUACCUCGCGCACCUACGGGCUCCCUUUUUUGGCCCUCCAUUUACCCACCCUUCAGUCGACUCUCGCGAUGGUCAAAUAUUACGUGCCCAUCAUAUUGGGGCAACUUCCCCGAAAGAAGACUCCGAUCACUAUGCCCAGGCUACGAUGGAUCUCCUGGAUCGGUAUCACUCGUUGUUGGCGGAAUAUCCCCAAUGCCCUUUGAUUGUCAACUACCCAGGUUGGAUCUUUGGGCAGGGUUUAGAGGUGGCCACAUGGCUGGUCAAAUGCCUCGGCCUUUCUGAUGUUGUUUAUAUGAGUGAGAAGGGUCCCCAGGAGGUCAUUGAACCUCUCAAUUUUGCUGCCAAUGAGGCAAAGGUCCCAAUGACAAUUUUGCCAUCCCAACCGACUGACUUUGUCAGUCGGUCAAGUGCUCAGUUACGCUCAAUGCAAAUUCAGUCAUACUUCCAUUCAUCUCACUCUACGGAAAUCAGCAAUCCGCGUUGGUCGGAACUACCCUUAUCCCGCACAAGGCCAAUGGCCGUGAAUUAUGCCGGAUCAAAGCAGGGGAUUUUGGGUAUCAUGGCUAUGGGUUCCCAGAUCAGCCCCGAUAUGCUGUGUGAGGUUUUGGAAGGAUCCAUUGUGGGCUUGGUGGCAGUCGAAUCUCCCAGUGCGAUCGUGGGUGCCUCGUCUGCUGAAUCAGCCGACUGUUCUACCUCCAGUUCAGAGGAUGAGAGUGGGUCUCCUGCUGACCAUAUGGAUAUGGAUUCAGAGGAGCCCAAACCCAAUGGCUCGACUUCCUUGUCUCCCGCCGACAUGAUUGUCAGAACACCUGAGGGUCUGCCGUAUCUGUUCACUGGAUCUGGAAGCUGCAGCCCGUUGAACCCCAAGGCCUCCAACUGCCUUGGUCUUGCCCUCGUCCGCUCUGUGGAUGUCGGUUCCCAAAGAAUUGAACUCUCCACUCCUAUCCCGUCUUCACGUAUUCGUGAUGCGAUUGAGCAAGGACAUAGCCUUGUGUUGGUCCGCGGUCAAUUGGACAGCCCCAACUGGGCCAUUAGCGAAGAAUACUACGCUGCGCGGGCAGCAGAGCGACGCUAUCAGCAGGUGGUUUCCCGUGCUAAGAAGAGUGGAGAAUCUGCUGCCGAACAAGCUCAACACCACCAAACACUUGCACUCCUUCGAGACCGGAUUCGUCGCGCAAGCAACGUGCCCUGGAUGAACGUUGUGGAAGACAAUAGCCGGCAUCAGCGUGAAGUGAAUGCGCGGCGUGAAAAAUCCCUUUGGAAAUUGAGGAAAAAGGCCUAUCCAGGCAGUGAUAGUGAGCCAGAUUAUUAA